AUCUAGCUGACCAAAAUCAAUUUUUAUUUUCUAAAGAGAGCAGAGAGGGGAGAAUGAGACGGUGAAAAUUUUGUCUGAAAACUUUGCUGCGGAGCUCAAUACAAUGGCGAGUAUAUCCUCAGGUAAAUUAUUAAGAAAAGUCAAAUAAUUCCAAUCUCCAGUAUCGAACACAAACCCUAACAAAUACUACAAAAAGCACUCUAAAAAUGGACGAAGACGGAAUGAUGGAGGCAGAGAGGUACCAGAUCGCUCAGAUUAGAGAGCUUGAAUUCGAAGAAUUACAGGUCGAGGAAGUCGAGGAUGACGACAACUCGUCAUCAGACGAUGAACUUAACGCCAUUGGUGCAACUUCAUCUGGUGAAUUUGCAUUUAACACUUGCCUGGCUCCAUUACACACCUAUCUUGGUGAGGUUGAAGACACUCACCGUAGAUUUUCUUUCUUAGAGGGUGGUGCUGUGUUAACUCUCCCAUUAUUCUAUCUUGAAGGAGUUGUUCUUUUCCCAGGGGCCAUCCUUCCUCUUAGAGUCAUUCAACCGAAUUUUAUAUCUGCUGUUGAGAGGGCAUUGACCCAAGUUGAUGCUCCUCAUACUAUAGGUGUGGUUCGUGCUUAUAGGGAUCGUGAUAACGGAAGAUUAAGGUUUGCCACAAUUGGCACGACUGCGGAGAUUCGACAAUAUAGGAGAUUAGAGGAUGGGUCACUGAAUGUGGUUACUCGUGGCCAGCAGCGCUUCCGUUUAAGACGCCGCUGGAUUGAUGUGGAAGGAGUGCCAUGCGGGAAGGUUCAAAUUAUCCAAGAAGACCUUCCAUUAAGGUCACCACAGGGUGCAUUUGGAAAAAUAAAACCAUUACGUACUCUUGAUAGCCGUAAUGUCUCAGAUGCAGUGCCUUCAAGUGCCUCGUACACGGUGCCUUCAAAUAUAUCAUCAGAUGCACAUGGAGAUGAUGACAAUGAUUCAGAGGCAAAUUCAGAGGAAAGCUUUGAAAGUGAGCUUUCGCCAGCUGAAAGGAGAAUCCAUCAAUCUGCAAUCAGUUCAUGUUGUAGCCAUGAUAUGAUGGAUGACUUAGCAAGCAGUGAUGAUGGGAAGUUCGACUCACAAAUCAAAGUCACCAGAUCCCAUUUAGCUGAUUCUGACUCCAAUGAGUCAUUGCAUUUGAACCAUGAACGAGAAAUGGACAAGACCGUCUUAGCAACUGUGUAUUUCACACCAAAAAAGCAAUGUCACAAAGGGGAAGGGUCCAAAAGCUGCUGGAAAAAUACAGACUUAAGCCAGUUUCGUAGAGUUCCAACAGCAUUCUGGCCCUUCUGGGUGUACCGUAUGUAUGACUCCUAUUGCCUUGCUGAAAGGGCUGCAGAUAUGUGGAGACAGAUAGUUGGGGCACCGAAUGUAGACAGUCUUGUGAAAAAACCUGAUCUUUUAUCAUUUUAUAUUGCCAGUAAAAUCCCUGUUUCUGAAUCCACAAGGCAGGAGCUUCUGGAGAUUGAUGGCAUUUCAUACCGCCUGCACCGCGAAAUUGAUUUAUUAAAGAGUUUUGAUCUUGUUCGAUGUAAAAAAUGUCAGUCUGUGAUUGCCAGGCGGAGUGAUAUGUUGGUAAUGUCUAGUGAAGGUCCUCUUGGAGCUUAUGUGAAUCCUCAUGGUUUUGUUCACGAAAUAAUGACCUUCUAUAAAGCAAAUGACUUAGCACUCCAUGGCCGAGCAGUUAAAGAAUACAGUUGGUUUCCUGGGUAUGCGUGGACGAUAACAAGCUGCGCAAACUGUGAAUCGCAGAUGGGGUGGCUUUUUACGGCCACGAAGAAGAAGUUGCAGCCUCGAUCAUUUUGGGCAAUCCGAAGUGCCCAGGUUGCUGAUGAUACUCCCUAAUAAGUUUUUUCCUUACUGUUCCAAAUUAUGUUUUUGUCAAAGUAAUGAGUCUAAUCUGUAUAUAGUACUAGCCCUUUUCUUUUUUCUGUUUGUGUGAGCUUCUGAAAAGAAAGGGUGAAAUUUCCUACUCUGGCCGUAGACUAGUAUUUCUUCCGCGUGUGGUGUAUUUGCUAGCAUUUCAAAGCAUUAGUAGUACUCUAGGAAGCUAUAAAAUGCUGGACAUGCAAGAAAUUGCGGGACACAUGAUAAUGGGAUUUGUCAGCUUCUAACA